CUCCUCUAUCCAUCUCCCUCCCUGCCUUCUCGAUCCAUCUCAUAUACAACCAAAUUAAAUACCUUCAAUCCAUAAACUCUGCGUUUUCUAAUUUCAGAUCAAUUCUAAUUAGUAAUGGUGAAACCCGAGAAAGCAAUAAAGAACGAUAACGUUUCGACUUCAUCGCCGUCGUCUUCUUCAUCUUCUCCUUGUAAGUACAGGGGUGUGAGGAAGAGGAAUUGGGGGAAGUGGGUGUCGGAGAUUAGGCUCCCAAACAGCCGGGAACGGAUUUGGUUGGGCUCCUUCGAUUCGCCGGAGAAGGCGGCGAGGGCCUUCGACGCCGCCCUUUUUUGUCUGCGCGGUAAAAAUGCCAAUUUUAAUUUCCCCGACAACCCUCCCGACAUCGUCGACGGCAACUCCAUGAGCCUCGCCCAGAUUAAGGUGGCCGCCGCCAAUUUCGCCAACUCGGAGCCACCCCCAAGGGCCGCCGGAGCGAUGGAACAGCAGGUUUCCGAUCCCUCCACUUCGCUUUCUUCCGGCGCCGAGUCGCCGUCGCCGUCGGUUUCCGACGGAGCCGUCCACCAAGCCGAAGGUGAAAUGACCGAAACCGCCCUGGAUCACGGCUUUCUUCAACGCUUCUCAUCAUUGGGUGGUAAUGCCAAUAACGCCGUUACGGAUUUCGGAUACUUUCCCGGGUUCGACGAUUUCUCAAAUGACUAUUAUGUCCCUCCGAUGCCCAUUCCCGACACCGACUACGUAGAAGAAACCUACGACGGAUCAUUCCUCUGGAAUUUCUAAAGCCGCGCGUGUUGUGAAGUGAUAAAAACUAAAAAGGGCAAUCAAAUGACUGAUUGAUUCCGGAAUUUUUUUUUUGCCACUGGAAUCAAUGUCAUUCUUGUCCUUUCACAUUUAAUCGGAUAUCCCCCUCGCGCGGUGUUACUAUACGUUCAUCCAAAAUGUCUUUAGUAUUCAUCAAAAUUUGUAUUCUACGUGACUGCAUUUUCAAUUUAGUGAAUAGGAUCAUGUCUUUUUUAUGACAGUCAUGUCUAAUUUAAUUAAUGUAUAUGAUCGUAAUAUAGUUA